AUGGUAGUGUGCGGUUAUGGUGGCACGAUUCCACGUAAGAAGAGCAUGGAUUUGAGGCAGCUUUUGGGCCAAGGGUGGCUAGAGCGCGGGGAAUCACACAGUGAGGGUGGUUCGCGAUUGAUGCGAUGGUGGUUGGGGGAUGUUGUAGUUGUGGCUCGGGUGGUGAGGUUGUGUGGUGGGGUUGGGCUGGGAGUGGAUGAAGAAGAAUGGAUGACAGUGAAGCGCGGUGGUGAUGGUGAGGUUGAAGGGCUAGUGAAAAUCGUGAGUGAAAAAAAUAAUAAAGUGGAGGCUUGGGUGGGGCAAAUGCGGCUGCGUGAGUGA